GGAGGGGAGCUGUAGCCUGUUGCUUAUGUUCCUCAGAUGUGCCGCUAGCACUCACUGAACAACACAGACGAAGUGGAGUUGAAGCUCGGAGCAGCAGCUCACAAGUGCUCCUUCUCUUCUCCUCCGUGACCUUUAUCUUCUCUCCUCUGACCUCCAUCUUUUCUUAAAUACAUAAACACCAUGAGCACAUUCGACUGCAGACAAACCAGAUCAACCCUGAGGUGAAAGCCAGUGAAUAACUGCUGCCCUCCAGGCAUGUGAGGCACUGUGACAUUGGAGGUGUCUGGGUGAAAGAUGACUUUACUGGCUGGCGAUGGCUCUGACUAUGACUACAGUGCCUUAAGCUGCAUCUCAGACACCUCACUGAACCCACCACCCAUCCAGGAUAGCGAGGCCCUUAAGGGUGUUUAUUACAAACGAGCCCGGUGUCUUGCUAAGGAUCCUGAUUCGGAUGCCAGCCUCUUGCCUGGCACCCAACGUUUGCAUGCCAUCAUCAAUGUGGGUGGCCUGCGUUACCAGUUGCCAUGGAGCACGUUGGAUGACUUCCCGCUGUCACGGCUAGGCCGUCUGCGUCUGUGUACAAGCUUUGAUGAGAUCAUGUGUGUGUGCGAUGAUUAUGAUGUAGCUCGCAAUGAGUUCUUCUUUGACCGGAGCCCGUGUGCUUUCAGAGCCAUCUUGGCAUUCCUGCGUGCUGGCAAGCUGCGUGCUUUGAGGGACACUUGUGCUCUGUCCUUCCAAGAAGAACUGCUGUACUGGGGUGUCCCAGAGGAAAAGCUGGAGUGGUGCUGCAGAAGGCGCCUGAUUCAGCGCAUAGAGGAGCGUGAUGAGCUUGAGAGGGUGGCCGAGGAAGAUGAGGAAGAGGAAGAUGAUGAGAGUGACAAAGGUGGUAGGGAGGGAGGCCUGGAUCAAGAAUCUCGACUGGGCCGCUGCAUGGUCAAGCUGAGGGACAUGGUGGAACGGCCACACUCUGGUCUUCCUGGAAAGAUCUUCGCUUGCCUCUCAGUGCUCUUUGUCACCAUUACAGCCAUUAAUCUGUCCAUAAGCACCAUGCCUGCCAUGAGAGAGGAGGAAGAAGCUGGCAAAUGCUCCCAGAUGUGCUACAACAUCUUCAUCGUGGAGACCGUGUGUGUGGCGUGGUUUUCUCUGGAAUUCACACUGCGCUUCAUUCAGGACCGCAGUAAGCUGGCCUUCCUCCGUCGACCGCUCAAUCUGAUUGACGUGGUAGCCAUCUUGCCCUACUACAUCACCCUGGCUGUGGACGGGACAUCCACAGGCUCGGGCAACAGCUAUCUGGAUAAAGUCGGGCUUGUUCUGCGCGUCCUGCGGGCUCUGCGCAUCCUGUACGUGAUGCGUUUAGCGCGGCAUUCACUCGGCCUUCAGACGCUUGGCCUUACCGCACGCCGCUGCACGCGCGAGUUCGGCCUGCUGCUGCUGUUCUUGUGCGUGGCCAUCGCACUCUUCUCCCCGCUUCUGUACCUCAUCGAGAACGAGGUAGCGGCCACGCAGGAGUUCAGCAGCAUCCCGGCCACGUACUGGUGGGCGGUGAUCACAAUGACGACGGUAGGCUACGGUGACAUGGUGCCACGCAGCAUACCUGGCCAGGUGGUGGCGCUCAGCAGCAUCCUGAGCGGCAUCCUACUGAUGGCCUUCCCUGUGACAUCCAUCUUCCACACAUUCUCCCGGUCUUACGUGGAGCUGAAACAGGAGCAGCAGCGUCUCCUCCAGCGGCGGACUCACUUCCUCCUGCGCGGGCGCGUGCCUGGUCUCGGCAGUAAUGCAUCACUAGAGAGUGACGUCCUGUUUCCCAGCGCCUCGUCCGAUCCGAGAGACCUCGAUGACUGAAAUAAAGACAGAAAUAAGAACAAAACAAAUGGCGUGAAUAAGGACAGAGACCUUGUCAGUUUUAGUCAAAUACAUCAGUCUGAAUUAGGUCUUCACUUUUUUUAAAAAAAGAGCUCAAGAGUAUUUAAGAAGUCAGCUUUUAACCGACACAGGGUGAAUUCAGGUAUAUCAGAUACAUAAUAUCUUCAAGUGGUGGUUUCCUGCUUCUAUUAUUUGUUAGAAUACUCAUUGCAUACAGUUUACAAAAGGUUUCUCAGCAACACGUGAUUUCAUUCCUUAUACUAAUCUCAAUUUGAACAAGGUUCUAAUUAGCGUCGUAAUCGAGUUACAUUAAAAUCUCGCGAGACUCUUGGCACUGACGGGAAGUCAAGUCACUAAGCGCGGCUGUAAAGCAGCUGUUGUAGGAUGUGGAGUGUGGUGCUUGAGCUUAUUCAGGACUUGGAAAAUACAUGACAUGGAACCAAUGUUCGCAUUUAAAUGAAUUAUAUUUAAUGAGGUUUCAGUGUAUGAAUUUGAAAAAUGUUUUCAAAUCCCUGUUAAUAUACACUGUAUGGCCAAAUGUAUACGGACAUCUGACGGUAACACACAUUUCGCCAAAUAUUUGCCGCAAAACACACACUAUUCUAGAUGUAUUUGUAUGAUGUAGCAUUAAGAUUUCCUUUUACUUGAACUAAGAACCCUAAACACGUUCCUGCAUGACAAUGCCCUUGAGCACAACAGUGUAAAGACAUGGUUUACCAAAGUUGGUGUAGAAGUACUUCAGUGUCCUGCACAGAGCCCUGACCUCAACACUACUGACGACCUUUGGGAUAAACUUGAAUGCACCCCAGACCUCCAGACUCACCGUCACUCUCACCUUAGUAACGCUCUUGUGGCUGAAGUCCAGACAGCCACACUCCAAAAUCUACACUUUCACUAAGAGUACAGGUUAUUAUAAUAGCAAAGGGAGUAAAGGGAGGACUAAUUUGGAAUGGGUUGUUCAAAAAGCACAUAUAAGAGUGAGCAUCAGGGUUCCACAAAAAUUUAGGCCAUAUAGUGUAUGUGUCCCAAAUGAUCAAACAUGUCAUCAAAAUAUAACAUGUAUAACAUCUUAACAAAAGAGUAAGCCAUACUUCUUGGAAUAUGAUCAGAUGUAGAUAGUCAGUGCUUUGAGGAUCAUGUGUUGGGGUAUUUUGUAUUAUUAAUGGAAGAAAGCCAUUGUCAAAAUUGAAAAAACUGUCGCAAUAUAUCUGAAUUCACCCUAUAGAAAUGCAUUACAUUAAAUUACAUUGUUCUCUUUUCUAACCAUUGCAAUUCCCAUGAUAUAAAAACAGAGAAGAGGACCCCAUGUUUAAGUAAUUUAGCAAACUACUUAUUCCUUAAAUGUUUAGAACCUGUAAUCUAAUAUAUUGUAUGUAUGUAUUUAUUCCUCAUAAUAUUUCUGAAUAUUGCCACUGCAACCUCAAAGCACGAGUUUGAAUCAAAGGAACAAGUUCAUGUCCUACACUAUAGUCUAUUUAAGCACAAUGCCCUUAAGCUACAGUAAACACAUUAAACAAAUAAAGACCAAGGACACUGGGCUUGUCUUUUACUGUUUUCCAAAAUGAAUUAGAAAUUCACAUUUUGUAUAAUGACAUGAAGAGUGAUUUCUUAAAUACAC